UGUGUGCAGAACAUCAUGUGUCCUGUCGCAAUAUCAUGCAGGCAUAAGAGCCAUAAUUUUUAUCGUCUAAACACAUAUAUAAAUGGAAUAAAGAAAGGGUCCUACUACCUGGUUGUUCAAGGUUCAUGUAUAGCGUGUAGAUAUUUUCCUUGGACAAUACAAAUAUCAAGUUGUGUUGCAAGCCAAGAUCCUCACAGCCACACUAACAUGUACCAAUACUUGGCAAUAUACUGAAAUUUGUGGCAAAUAUUACACCUUCCACCUCGAGAACCAUAUUGAUGAACCCAACAUAUCUAGGAGUAUGCAAAAUCAUUUCGUUAAAAAUAUGACAUAUUGUAGUUGCAUUUCCGCUUUCCCGAAUAUAAUUUACUACAAGGCACUGCAUUGGUCAAAAUUUCCGCUAUCUCAUCCGGAUUUGUCGUUAUUUGCACCCAUACUCACGUGCGAUGGUAUGAUAAUUCACCCUGCACACAUCCUUCAAUAUAUAGUGCUGCUUUUUUACCAAACCUUAGAUUGAAUCAAAUUUUCCAACCAUUAACAAAAACAUGCCUAUUCCUACUCCACAUGGUGGUAAACUCCAAGACUUGGUUAUCAGAGAUGCCAACAUUCGUACUGAAUUGUUAAAAGAAGCGGCAAACUUGCCAUCUUUAACUCUUACUGCUAGACAAUUGUGUGAUUUAGAGCUUAUUUUGAAUGGUGGAUUUUCACCUUUGACUGGAUUUUUAAAUGAAGAUGACUACUUGAGUGUAGUGAAGGACAUGAGAUUAAGCACUGUCACAGAAAAUGGUAAGGGAUUAUUAUGGUCCAUUCCUAUUACUUUGGAUGUUUCUUCUGAAGUUGCUAAAUCUUAUGCAGUAGGAGAAAAAAUUGUUCUCAAUGAUUUGAGAGAUAACAGACCAUUGGCUAUCUUGACAUUGGAGUCUAUUUAUAAACCAGACAAGAAGCUUGAAGCUGAUCUGGUUUUCAGAGGCGAUCCUGAGCAUCCUGCUGUUAAAUACUUGAAUGAGACUGCCGGAGACUACUAUCUUGGUGGAUCUCUUCAAGGUUUAGAUUAUCCUGAACAUUAUGAUUACGUGGAAUUCCGUAAAACUCCAACUGAAUUAAGAAAAGAAUUCAGUAACCUUGGUUGGGACAAUCAAAAUGUUGUUGCUUUCCAAACUAGAAACCCGAUGCACAGAGCUCACCGUGAAUUGACAGUAAGAGCUGCUAAGGAUAUUGGUGAAACUGGUCAUAUUUUGAUUCAUCCAGUUGUUGGAUUGACCAAACCUGGUGAUAUUGAUCAUCACACAAGAGUUAAGGUUUAUCAAGAGGUUUUAAAGAAAUUCCCUGAUGGUUUGGCAACUUUGUCAUUGUUACCUUUAGCAAUGAGAAUGGGUGGUGACCGUGAAGCUUUGUGGCACGCCUUGAUUAGAAUGAACUACGGUGUAGAUCACUUUAUUGUUGGAAGAGACCACGCUGGCCCUGGUAAGAACUCCCAAGGUGUUGAUUUCUACGGACCAUAUGAUGCACAAGAUUUAUUGGAAAAGGUUGAUGAUGAAUUACUGUCUAAGAUUAAGAUUGUUCCUUUCAGAAUGGUGACAUAUUUGCCAGAAGAAGAUAGAUAUGCCCCAAUUGACACAAUUGACCUUUCUAAGGUUAAAACAGCUAACAUUUCUGGUACAGAAUUGAGACAAAAGUUAAGAGAUGGUACUGAAAUUCCAGAAUGGUUUUCUUACCCAGAAGUUGUAAAGAUUUUAAGAGAAACCAACCCACCUAGACCAAAGCAAGGAUUUGCUAUUGUUAUCAAUGGCUCUGAAUCAAACACAACUCAAGGAGAGUACUUGGCAUUUGCUUUGCAAUCCACUUUGAACCAAUUUUCUGGUGAACGUCGUAUUACUAAAUUGAGCAAAGCCGAGGCUAGUCCUUUUAUUGUCAAUGAAUUAGUUAAGGCUGGUUCGGGUAUUAUUUAUUCAACCGACGGUGAUUUCUCUGAAGUUUCAAAUUUGGUUGGCUCUGGUAACACUAUUGUAGUGAAUGUUGAUGGAAAGGAUUCAUCUACUGAAAGUGGUGUUUUCUCCUUGUCAAAUGAAAAUGAUUACGACUUGAGAGCAUUGAUUGAUGGUAUUGUAAACUACUUGAAGUCUCAAGGUUUCUAUUAAGUUAUAUAAAGUGGUUCGUGGAAUAGAUUAGAAUUUUAUUGAUGUGACAUUUUAGGACAGUAUUUUUUUAUGAAAUUAUCUACAUUUCACUUAGAUUAUAGUUAAUCUCUAUAUACAUGUAAAAUU